AUGCCGUUGGGCACGAAAAUAGCAGCAUUUCUCCGUUAUGCGAGUCAAUCAUCGAUCGUUCAUCUACUCAUUUACGUGCUUGUCUUUUUUGUUUAUGGUUGGCAAACACUCGAAACCGACAUUUCAAUGGUUUCGGUUGAGUCAACUGGUGGACCUUUAUGGAGGCAUUUCCUUGGUCCAAGCAGUCCUUUUUAUACAGCACUUCAAUUCACUGUUGUCCCAAUGAUGCUUUGUACAAAAGGUGUCGCCGUCUACGAUUUGUUAUUGGGCGGGAAUGAUGUGUUGAAACAUAUUGACCAAGGAACACAAUUCAUUGAAGCUCCUCUAUUCAUUCGUCGACUUUGCGGCUAUGGGAUUAUGCUAGCUCCGACGCUUAUUGUGUUGGCUUUUGCGACUCACGCGAUCAUAAACGCGAAAAUCCGUUCGCUUUCCAUUGGAUCGGCGCUAAAACCGUCGGCGGAUUGGUUGAGUCAUCAAGUGAUGCAACAUCGCCCUAAGCCUUUCUCCCUCUCGUACGUGAUCGUCAAUCGGUUGAACGGUCCGAAUUAUCGCACGAUUCUGCUAGGCGUUUUCAUUUUGGAGAUUUUCUUCUUCAUCAUUCUCUCUGUGUUGCUCAUUGGUCAAAUGUUUCAGGCGUGGUUGGGGAAUCCGUUGGGUGCCGCUAAUUUUCGCUCUAUAGUGCUAUUACUACUAUUGGCCGUGCACGCGAUUGCAUUGGUCGAGAUGCGCGGCGCCUACAAUUUUUGGGAUGAUCCGGCAAGAUUAACAAUUUACAUCAGUGUCGCCACUCUGCAAAUGGCUUUUUUGAAUGGAUACAUGUGGAUGUUUGCGUUUAAUCACGCAUGGGGCGUCGAUAUCGGACAAGUUGGCGGACCGCUGUUUCUCAUUGUUGCGAAUACGUGUAUGCGAGCUAUCUGCAUUUGUGCCGCCAUCGCCGUCCGCGCACACAUCCGGGAAGCGGCGCGCCCGUCGAGGACAAGAGACGCCGCUGAGAUCUACGCAGCCGACGGUCCACCCGAAGUCGAGAUGGACGCCGAGGACGAUGCGCCGAUCAUUUUUGAUUUGGCGAGGAGU